AUGGAGCAUCCUCCGUACAACCCCGUAAGAAACACUCACGAUGGCCGUAUCGAAUUCCGCAUAACUCUGUUCGAUUGGCCCUGCUCUACCUUUGACUACAUAGUGCCUUUAGACGAAGCAGAGAACCAGCGACUUAUCUACAAGACUCAAUGGCAACGGAGGCAUUGGAUAAGCGAGAAGGUUCAGAUAGAACUGGAUCUCUUCACUGGCGGUAUGUUUGAGGAUGAUGGCUUUUUGCGCCAGCUGAGGCAACUUGUACAGCUAUCGCAUGAUAUGUUGAUGGGCGAGUUAAGGUUGCAUUGCCCUAAAUGCUGGCCCCAUGAGGCUGCCUUGGGACCCGAUUACAGACGUUGGAUGGUGGGCGGAGAAUAG